CUUCUCGCAGACAUAUUUUCCAUACCAUAUACUCGCAAACUGUGCCAAAAAAAAUUCGAUUUUUCUGACACGCUACACUAGAAUACCCCCUUAAUACAGGGAAGCAGCGGUGCCGCCGUAAUCCUCGGCCAUCCUCGGCCCUCCCCGGCCUCUCCUCUACUUCCCCGGCUCGAGACCUUCAGCGCGGAUAGAGGGUGAUACGGGCGAUACUCAGGAUAAUGCUCUCUAAUUGCUUUCGUGAUCCAACCGCCUUCAUUGAUGUUUUCGAGCCCCUUAAAGCGAACCGUGUCCAGUCACGCGUGUGUAGCGCGCGCGUUCACGGGAAGGGGGGGGGGGUGCACCCCUUGCUCUGCCACCCUCCUCUCCUACCCCCGGACCGAUUUCUUCCCCUUGUGAUACAUUGUGUUUGGUACCUGCCACCCCAACAGGUACAACGGUGCCGAUACGCCAUGAUACACGCGCGUAAUAAUGGCAGUGACGUGUAUCGCUCGUAUCGUGGACUCGCCAGGGCUUCCCUUUGAUCUGCGGAUUAUCGAAUGCGCCGCACCUGCGAGAAAACUCGUCUCUCCAACAGCGGGGAGGUAGCAGCGGUGGUGGUGAUUCAGUGGGUGCAGAGAGAGGUGAAGGAGUGAUUGCCAUGACUACGACAGGAGCCCAGUAUGCCCUCGCAGCAGCAUCCACCGGGGCUAAUAACAGUGGGGGUAGCUCCGCAGCGGUAGGGGUGGAAUCUAAGCCAAGUGUGGUUGUCGUGACUACUACUUCCAGUUCCAGUGGCGGUGGCAGCGGGGCACAAACUCAGUCAGCCAGAGGCCAGCAGCUUAUCACUGUUGUAACCAGCCCAGAUCCUUCCAGUCCAAAUAAUCUGCAACCUAUCCAGUUAUUGGUUCAGGACCCGCUUGAAACAGCUGCAGAUUCUUCCAACGGAUCGACAGGUACACCAGCACAUGUUACAGCACAGGUAGUAGUCAACACUACUCACGCGGGCCAGCACACGCUAGUGGAUUCUGACGCUGCCUCUACAUCGGCUGGUACUAUCGUCAGCGGUUCUCCACACUACAUAACAGUUACAGGCACCAGUGAUUCGCCAUCCUACGCGUCCCUCACAACGGCUGUAGUGUCGGGUGACGCGGAGGCGGUGGGUUCCGAAUCGGUCUCCCAUCCGACUUACGUUCAAUAUGUCGAGGGGGAUGGUUCCACGUAUAUACCGGCGAAUGGCCAGAUGACAUAUCCCGUUUACGCGGUCGGUGAGGCAGGGGCGAUGUACACGCCGGCUUCGAGUCAGUACUACACUCCAGCAACGACGCCAGUAACGUACGCGCAGGUCACGGGACAAGGCUCGAACACGACGACCGGGCAACUAUUAUCACAGGGCAACGGUACAUACCUAAUUCAACAGAGCGUAGUAGAUGGAGACGCGACCACGCACGCGCUCAUAUCGGCGGCUGCCGCCCGCGCCAGUCCGCAGACGGAAACGGCGGAGGCAGUGGUUAGCGGGGGUGGAGGGACGUUCUUGAUCAGCGGUAAUUCCGGAAGUGCUACGGUCACCGUGGAAGAAGCAGCGGCCGCGGCUGCAAACAUGACGCAUGCCACUAGGGUCUCCCAGGCAACCAUGCAUUGGUUACUGGAAAAUUACGAAACCGCCGACGGCGUGUCCCUCCCAAGAUCGACUCUCUAUAAUCAUUAUCUACGCCAUUGCUCCGAUAACAAAUUAGAUCCUGUGAAUGCGGCCAGCUUCGGGAAAUUAAUACGUUCUGUAUUUGUGGGAUUGAGAACUAGGCGUUUAGGGACUAGAGGGAACUCGAAAUACCAUUACUACGGGAUUCGCGUGAAGCCAAGCUCGCCUCUGGUAAUGAUGAACGAGGACGGCACGUCGAGGCAGCAGCAGGGCGGGAACUCGCAGACCAAGCGGUUCAAGUUCGUCAAUCAGAAGCAGGAGUCGUCCUAUGAGAAUAACACGCACGCGAACACGAACAUCUCCUCCAACUCCUCGCCGCCGCAGUAUCAUCAGUACUUCGGCGAGGCGAGUCGCGCCAUUCCCGAUUUCCCGGAGAUCUUUAUCGGCUCGUCCCUGCCGGAAGACUGCACGCUCGAAGACAUCGAUACAUUCCGCAACAUAUACCGGGAGCAUUGCGAAGCCUUCCUCGACGCAGUAUUGAAUUUCGAGUUCGCCACGGUGGAGAGCCUCUGGAGGGAGUUCUGGCGCAGCCAGGACAACAAUAACGGUGACGAGUGCGAAGAGGAGAACUAUUUAUCAAAAACCAAAUUAUAUCAGAUGUGUAAGUGUACAGGGGUGCAAGAUUUUAUCAAAAAAGUGGACUAUACAUUUUAUCAGAAUCUAGUCGAAGUAUUAAUGCCUAAUGUAUUGCAGCCGAUACCAAGUUCGUUGACGCAGUCUAUACGAAAUUUUGCGAAAGGAUUAGAGUCCUGGUUACAGUCAGCCAUGGCCGAUUGCCCCGAGGAAAUGAUGCAAAUUAAGUUAACUGCAGUGUCAGCUUUUGCUCAAACCUUAAGGCGCUACACGUCAUUGAAUCAUCUCGCACAGGCCGCACGAGCAGUGCUCCAGAAUUCUACACAGAUCAAUCAAAUGCUAGCCGAUCUGAAUCGCGUUGACUUUCACAACGUGCAGGAACAAGCAUCCUGGGUGUGCCAGUGCGACUAUGGAAUGGUACAGCGGCUGGAGGCGGAUUUUAAGGUGACGCUACAGCAGCAGAAUUCACUGGAGGACUGGGCGAUUUGGCUGAAGGGAGUGGUGACUCAAGUGCUUAAGCCGUUCGAGGAGAAGCCAACGUUCGCUACAGCGGCGCGUCAAUUCUUGCUCAAGUGGUCGUUUUACAGCUCGAUGGUUAUCCGGGAUCUUACUUUGAGGAGCGCGGCGAGUUUCGGAUCGUUUCACCUCAUCAGAUUACUUUACGACGAGUACAUGUUUUAUUUGAUAGAGCAUCAGGUCGCCAUCGCAACGGGAACCACGCCGAUAGCUGUAAUGGGAGAUAAAAGUCAAAACUGCUCUUUAGUCAAUAAUUACGGAGCAACGUCUAACGGAGAUGCGUCUAAUGCAAGCCAACCGAAACGUAUGAAGCUGAGCUAACUGCGUGCCUACGCCCUUUAGUUAUGCGAGUAGCACAGGAGGAUGCGGGGAUACUAGCACGAAAACAUGCAGGCCUACUACAAGAACAUACUAGUCUCGUAAAUUAUUAUUUUGUAUAACGUCAGAUUGUAAUUAUUACGACUUAUGAGAGGAAGAUUUUUGCAUAACGCCCAUACAACGGUGUAAUACAAUUUAAGUAAGUCUGUGUGAUAUAAGAUAUAGAGAGAAAAAAAGGAAGUAUGUAUGUAUUCCGCGAAGCCUUGUCUCAUAUACAGGUACGGCGCAGGUUUAAGGUAUCGCGCUGGCACGAUGUCUAGUACGUUAGUGUAUAUUGAAUCUAGUCGAAACAUCUUUGGGAGAGAGAGAGAAGAAUAUACGGGACCAUGAAUUUCUCAUGCUCUCAUUAAAAGCACACACACACACACGAUAUAAGCCCACUCGAAUCGUUAUUUGCUUUUAUAAAAAUGCAUUUAUAGAUGAAUAAUCUGCAUGCAUUUUUAUAAACUCGCAGAUGCAUUUACGAAAAAAGUGUUCUUCGUUUUUCCAUGAUACAUCGUAAAAUGAUAAUUUUCAUGAUACAUUAUUUAUUGAUGAUCGUCCAUGUUAGGUGCAUUUAAUCAUUAAUCAUUAAAAUUGCUCACUUCAGAUAACAAUAAUACUUUUAUUUAAAUUUCCAAUUUUGUACGUUUCCAAUAUUUUUAAAAUAUAAGACUAAUAAGCUAAAAAGUGAAUGAAAUGCAAAAUUAAUACACGCAGGAACAUAGUAAUCGAUCGCGUAUUUAAAGCAAAUCGAGUAAAUGCAUAUUAAAGCAUACAUAUCCGCGUGUCAUGCACAGCUUGAAUAAACCAUUGGAAUUAUCAAUUAAUGCGUAUACGCCUGCGGAGAAUUGAAUCGAAUGGGCUUAAUGUAAACAUCAGAGUUCGUGCGAAGGAAAACCGCGAGGUAGCAAGAACAUCGUGCGAGGUAAAAAAAACAAACGUCCUUUCAUAUAUACUUACCUUUCAUUCGCGAAUUCUCUGGUUUGCACAAAUCGCGCGCAGCCAAUUACAAAAAUCCGCCCCACCGACGGUGUCACAUGUCAAAAGUAUUCCUAGCGGAAUAGAAGAAGGAGAAAUUAGGAA